AUGGCUACCGACAGCAGGCUGAGUCCUGCAAAUCCCGAGGCGUAUCCCCUAGCCGACAUUGACAAGGGAAAUGACAGAACUAACACCAAAACCAACACCGACACCAACGAUACCGACGAUCUCAACAUUGUCGACGUUGACUCUGCCAAAAUUAUUCCCGCUUUCAAACCAGGCUGGCGUUUCUGGCUUAUCUAUGUCUCCCUUUGCCUCAUAACAUUUGCGGCAGCCGUCGACAACACCAUCGUCUUUACCGCUCUCCCCGCCAUCACCCGCGCGAUAGGCGGCGGCGGCGAUUACGUCUGGAUCGCGAACGCUCGUCGUUGCUCUGUUCGCCGUGGGGGAAGCGGCAUCGCGGGAGGCGCCAACGGCGUCUCCAUGCUGAUCGCCGGCCGCACUAUCCAAGGGAUCGGCUGCGGUGGCAUAUUCGUCUUGCUCGAUGUUAUAGUCUGCGACCUUGUCCCCCAGCGCGAACGGGGCAAGUACCUUGGUCCGCUCAUGGCGGCUGGAGGUUUAGGUUCCGCACUUGGCCCUUUGAUCGGCGGAGCGUUGACAAAGGCGAGUUGGCGAUGGGUUUUCUACAUCACCCUCCCCUUCUCCGGUUUGUCGCUGGCCACCAUGCUCUUGUUUCUUAAGAUGAACCAUGUUAGAGACAAGUCCUGGAGGAAAAGGCUCGCUCGGAUGGACGUCCCCGGAAAUGCUCUCUUCAUCGCUUCCAUCACCGCCAUCCUACUGGGCUUGCUGUUAGGAGGAACGACAUUUCCGUGGUCUUCCUGGCGCAUCAUUCUGCCCCUCGUCUUGGGGUUUAUCGGUUGGGGUCUAUUUCACGUCUACCAAGCAUCGCCGUGGUGUCAUGAGCCAACAAUUCCACCCAACCUUUUCUCAAAUCGGACAUCGGCUGUCGGAUUUCUUCUAAGUUUUCUGUCGGGAGUCUUAUUGGAAUGGAUCGUGUAUUUCUACCCCUUCUACUUCCAAGCUCUACGGGGGGCAUCACCUCUGCAAUCUGGAGUGAAUACCUUGCCUUUUAAUGCCUUUCUCAUGCCGGCUGGCAUGAUCGGCGGUGUCAUAAUGACCAAGACAGGUGUCUACAGACCCCUCCACGCAGCUGCAUAUAUCAUUCUCGCCAUCGGACUGGGGAUAUCUUCCUUGCUUGAUUCUACCUCGUCAACUGCAAAAUGGGCCAUCUUCCAAAUCGUCCUUGCUCUAGGUCUCGGAUGCACGUUUGUCACCCUUCUUCCAGCCAUUCAAGCUGCACUUCCCGAAUCUGAUGUUGCGACCGCUACGGCAACUUAUUCAUUCUUCCGUAGCUUCGGCUUUAUUUGGGGUGUGACCAUCCCAUCUCUCAUUCUUAAUUCCCGUAUCACUAAAGGUCUAGACACCGUAGAGGAUGCCAACGUUCGCGCUCAACUAGCCAACGGGGGGGCAUAUCAAUUUGCCGCAGAUGGAAACGUGCAAGCUUUGCCGUCCCCGGUCUAUGAAGAAGUAAUUAGCAUCUAUACGGACACUUUUCGCAUUACAUGGCUGGCGGCACUUGCAUUCGCUCUGAUGGGAUUUCUACUCGUUUUCCUUGAAAAGCACGUUGAGCUCAGACAGGAGCUGGAGACGGAGUUUGGAUUAGAGAACACGCAGAAGAGUGACGAUGACAGGCAGGUCGAAGUUGGAUUGAAGUAA